AUGCCUCGCCAGGCCGCCCCGCGGUUGGUGGUGGGAGAAGGUAGCGGGUCCCAGGGGGCUUCGGGGGCUGCAGCCACCAUGCUCCGCUCCCUGCUGCUUCACUCCCUGAGGCUCUGCGCCCAGACGGCCUCGUGCCUCGUGCUCUUCCCGCGCUUCCUCGGCACGGCCUUCAUGCUCUGGCUCCUCGACUUCCUGUGCAUCCGCAAGCAUUUCCUGGGCCGCCGCCGCCGGGGUCAGCCCGAACCCGCAGUGGAGCUCGACAGUGAUGGCGAGGAGGUGCCCCCGGACGACCCGCCUGUCUGCGUGUCCGAUGACAACCGCCUGUGCACCCUGGCGUCGCUGAAGGCCGUGUGGCACGGCCAGAAGUUGGAUUUCUUCAAGCAGGCGCAUGAGGGCGGUCCAGCUCCCAACUCCGAGGUGGUCCUGCCCAAUGGCUUCCAGAACCAGCACAUCCUUGACUACGCGAGAGGGAACCGCCCGCUGGUUCUCAAUUUCGGCAGCUGCACCUGACCACCGUUCAUGGCGCGCAUGAGCGCCUUCCACCGCCUGGUCACUAAGUACCAGCGCGACGUCGACUUCCUCAUCAUCUACAUCGAGGAAGCUCACCCCUCGGACGGCUGGGUCACCACAGACUCCCCCUACAGCAUCCCGCAGCACCGAAGCCUGGAGGACCGGGUCAGCGCGGCACAGGUACUGCAGCAAGGAGCGCCCAGCUGCUCUCUCGUCCUGGACACCAUGGCCAACUCCAGCAGCUCGGCCUAUGGGGCCUACUUCGAGCGCCUCUACGUCAUCCAGAAUGGCACUAUUAUGUACCAGGGCGGCCGCGGCCCCGACGGCUACCAGGUGUCUGAGCUGCGCACCUGGCUGGAGCGCUAUGAUGAGCAGCUGCACGGCGCUCAGCCACGUCGAGUGUAAACAAUCAGUGGGCAGUUGACUGAACUUGGCGGGCGAUGUCUUCGAGCCUUCGAAGCCCACGUGCAAACGCCCCCCAAACAAGUCAGGUUUGCCGAGGGCCCAAUGACACAGCUGUGCUGAGCCGGGAUCGCUGGCUGAGUCUGGGCCCUCAGCCAAGCCACCUGAAAAUUCUCCCUCGCCUCCCUGGACUCUGUUGCUGUGACUGUCCCUCACCUGUACCUGCCUGGCUGGCUCGAAAUCCCUUUCUGAGUGUGGAUGCGAUGCCCACCUUGCCUGGGUCCUCCCCUCCCCCCACGUGUCCCCGCAGAGGCCCCUGCCUCUCUCACGCCCCCUCCGCAGAGAGAAGAGCCAGUGUGCCUUCAGCCAGGCGCAGAGAGACUUCGGCCACGCCCGCGCACCCUGAGCGCAGCUGGGCUCCAGCAGCGCCUGCCGCUCGCCCUAGUUGCCUGGCACCCUACACACCUGUCGUUCGCAGGGAGGGGAUGCCCCGCUGCUUUUGUGUCUAUUUCUUGUCCCUGAGUUGGGGGUGGGGGCUUGGGAGGGGGAAGGG